GCGACUCGGGACUGACCCACAGUAAAGAUGGCGGACACGUCGGGGACCGAGCUGUCAGACGAGAAAGACGCGGACAGUGAGCGCCAAAACAAGCUCGGCUUGCCGUGGGACGGAGCGAACCAGACCGGGAAAGUCGUCAUUUCUUCAGCCCUGCCGGAGACUUUGGGCUUUUACGACAUUAGCGCCGCCAGACGCGAGAGAAGCGAGCACUCGGCAGAUCCGUCAUUGACCCGCUUCGUCUGCACAGAGCUGACCAGAGGCUACUUCCUGGAGCACAAUGAGGCCAAGUACACCGAGCGCAGGGAGAAGGUGUACACAUGCAUGCGCAUCCCCAAGGAACUAGAGAAGUUGAUGAUCUUUGGCUUCUUUCUGUGCGUGGACGCCUUCCUGUACGUGUUCACGCUGCUGCCCCUCAGGGUGCUGCUGGCCCUGCUGCGCCUCCUCACGCUGCCAUGCUGUGGCUUCAGGGCACGCACAUGCCCCUUCUGCAGAAGAAGCAGCGGCUCCAGGCUGCUGCAGCCAGCACAGGUGUGUGACAUGCUGAAAGGCCUGAUCCUGGUGCUGUGCUUCUCCAUGAUGCACUACGUGGACUAUGCCAUGAUGUACCACCUGAUCCGAGGACAGUCCGUCAUCAAGCUCUACCUCAUCUACAACAUGCUGGAGGUGGCAGACCGCCUCUUCUCCUCCUUCGGCCAAGACAUCCUGGACGCUCUCUACUGGACCGCCACCGAGCCCAAAGAGCGCAAGAGAGACAGCAUCGGAGUCAUCCCUCACUUCCUCAUGGCCGUCUUCUAUGUCUUCCUCCACGCCAUCCUCAUCAUGGUCCAAGCCUCCACCCUCAACGUUGCCUUCAACUCGCACAACAAGUCCCUGCUGACCAUCAUGAUGUCCAGCAACUUUGUGGAGAUCAAAAGCAGCGUGUUCAAGAAAUUUGAGAAGAACAACUUGUUCCAAAUGUCAAACAGUGACAUAAAGGAGCGAUUCACCAGCUACGUCCUCAUGCUCAUUGUUUGUCUCAGGAACAUGGAGCAGUUCUCCUGGAACUUGGAGCACCUGUGGGUGUUGAUCCCCGACGUCUUCAUGGUCCUCACCUCCGAGGUGGCCGUGGACGUCAUCAAGCACGCCUUCAUCACGAAGUUCAACGACAUCACGGCCGACGUUUACAGUGAAUACAGAGCCAGCUUGGCAUUUGACCUGGUCAGUAGUCGGCAGAAGAACGCUUACACGGACUACAGUGACUCAGUGGCCCGCAGGAUGGGCUUCAUCCCGCUGCCUUUGGCCGUCCUGCUCAUCCGCGUCGUCGUGAGCUCAGUGAAGGUGCGAGGAGCUCUGUCAUGCACCUGUGUGCUCCUCUUUUAUCUCGGACUGGUCACACUGAAGGUGCUGAACAGCAUCGUGCUGCUGGGGAAGUCCUGUGUUUACGUCAAGAGGGCCAACAUGGAGGGCAAGUUGUUCCAGAAGAAGCAGACCGCCUCAGCGAAGACCUCCAGCAGAGCAAGUCCGACAGCCUCAGGUGAGUCCAAGGUGAAACCGUCCCCACCCUCCGCCCCAACUUCCUCCUCCUCCUCCGUGACCGCGCAGCCAACGCCCAGGUCGGACUUCCCCUCGCCGCCGUCGGACCCCUCCACCACCGCGCCGCCUCCAGCUGAGGCGCCUGUCCCCGAGCCGCAGGCUCCGCCUCUCCCCAAGGAGGAGGAGGAGGCGGCCGAGCUCAAGCCCAGACCCCCCAAGAAGGACCUGCUGGAGAUCGACCGCUUCACCAUCUGUGGCAACCGCAUCGACUGAGAACUCAGGGAAGAGGAUUUAUCGACAGUAAGUACGUUGUCUCACGCCGUCCCCGCCUCCCUCUGACAAGUUUCCUGGCAGGAACCUUCGGGCGAGACGAUAACGGGCGGCGUCGCACGUCAAAACCGGAGUGUGAGCGUGUAGUGAAAGUGAAAGUGAGAACGCACCAGCACUUCCUGUCAGAGCAGCACAAAUACUCCACAUUUUCCAAGGUACGAAAGCGCAGAACUCCGCCCGAAGCGCCUCCAGUCGGCCUGCUGAAGGACACCACAGGUAGAACACCUCACCUGCAAACACACGCCAAGCACCGCCGGCCGUAGAUCCUUCCGCCUUCUUUACAAAACGGACAAAAGUCUUGGGACACGAGUCUUCACCAAACGAAGGCGCACUCGACAAGUGCACAAAACCACACCUACGAGGUACGACGGCCGUGGAAGAAAUACACAAAAAUUCCCACCAAGCUCGGAAGUGCCGGACGCUCACAUUUUGUCCCGCUCCCUGGCAGGGGAAGGUGUCCCAAUACUUUUGGCCUCAUGGACCAAAUUGUCUUAAAUCAGCUUCCGAUGUUUACAUCCUUUGAUAGUAGCAGUAGUUUUGCAACGAAAAGCCUUUUUUUUUUUUAUUAUAUAAUCUAUAUCAGGCCUGGGCAAUUCGGUAUAUCUAUUUUUAGUAACACUAAUGCAAAACCUCACAAUGCUAAAAACGUUAUGACAGACCACCUUAAAAAAACUGAAUUUUGUUUUUGUUUUUUGUACAGAAUGAGACAGCCAGAAUGUACAUGAAAAUAAAGACCGUUACAAUA